AUGGCACAGGUGCUAGGACAGGUUGGUCCUUACAAUGAAGGGGAGGAGGACUGGGCUUGUUAUAUGGAAAGGCUGGAACAGUUUUUCAUCGCAAAUGAUAUUACUGAAGCAUCCAAGAAAAGGGCUGUGCUUUUGAGUGGAAUUGGACCUUCAACAUAUUCGGUGUUGAGAAAUUUGAUGACCUCAAAUAUACCUUCAACUUUGUUAGGAAGAAACUGGUUGACGGAAAUUAAGCUUGAUUGGAAUCAGCUGUUUGUGGUAAAUUACGGUUUGGGUGAGGAAUUGGUUAAAAAGUACAAGAAUGUUUUUGAUGCUCAGCAUGGUGUUAUAAAAGGAUAUAAAGCAGACUUACUUCUUAAGAAAGAUGCUAAGCCUGUUUUUAAGAAGGCCCGUCCUGUUCCUUUUUCGUUAAAGGAAAUUGUGGAGAAGGAACUUAAUCGUUUGACCAAAGAUGGUAUUAUGGCACCAGUGAUGCAUAGUGAUUGGGCUUCUCCAAUUGUGGUAGUUCAAAAAAUUGAUGGUAGAGUCAGAAUUUGUGGGGAUUAUAAAGUUUCAGUGAAUCCAGUGUUAGAUGUUGAUCAAUACCCAUUGCCAAACAUUGAGGAUAUAUUUGCAACACUUUCAGGAGGAGUUUAUUUCAGCAAAUUGGAUUUGUCCAAUGCAUAUCAACAGUUAGAGCUUGAAGAGGAUGCUAAAGAUGUGUUAACCAUCAAUACUCACAAGGGGCUGUUCAGGAUAGAAAGGUAA